AUGUUCAUGAUUUCGAUGCUUUCAAGACCAGCAUUCCGAAUCUUUCUUGGCGAUACGAUUUCAAUUGCCCCGCUAAGAAGUAUUUCGCGAAUAGUUCUUUUGGGGCAUAUAAUUAAGCCUGGGGAACUUCGAGACACUAAUCGUCACGUCAUUCUGCAUCAACCUCUAAGAUCUAAGGGUAGAAGCAAAGUACGAAGAGAUUCAGUUAAGAUUGUUGAUUUGACGGAUGAAUUGAGGCAGAAAAUCAGGGAGGAAGAGAUGAUACAAGAGUACGCCAAAGUUGUGGCCCGUUUCAAGGAUGAUCUUUAUCGAAAACUCUGUCUCAAAUUGACCCCAGAAAUACUUUACAGUAUUCCUAUCCCGGGUGAACGUAUACGUUUGGGUGAGGUGGCCACCAUCACCAGUCAUACUUCGGUCCAAUCGUCCAAUGUUCAACCAAUCUCACAGAUCCUAAUCGAUCUUAGCGGUCGUCCGGAUUUGGUUACGGGUGCGAAGUUGGCUAUCUCCCAAUUCCUGUCCGAAGAUGCGGAACUACCAUCCUCUAAGCGGGCAAAGGCAAGCUCCUAUUCCGACCUGAUUCAGGACAUCAAUCAAACGCAGUUCACAGUUCGGCUUAGAACCCUCGUCACCGGGGAUGUCCGUCAUGAACUCAGCAGAAAAGGUAGCUCUCCACGUCAAUUUGUCAAUCAUUUGCACACGAUAACGCUUCAAAUCGGCGCUUCAGACUACAUAGAUAGCAUGAAUUUUUCACUAGAGAAGUGGCUCAUUGCAAAACUGUUUCCAGCCUAUACUGCACCGUUGUUUAUCCAAGGUUGGGACAUGCUUCAUCAGACCAAGAAAGAGAUGGACAGGAUUUACCAGAGGUUCUCGAAAUCAGUCGCUGCUAUGAAGUCCCUCUCCGAAGACGACAAACGCGUAGCCACCGAGCACCUGAAAACGGUAGUCAAGGCCCAGCAUACAGCAGUCGAACAGGUGUGGAAAGCCAAAGAGGAGGAACUACUCAAUGCGUGA